UCCAGGCAUAAUAUGGGUGCCGAGGAGUCUGUACCAAUCCAACCGCCACCACCAGGCUUCGAGUACUUUGUCCUUUGCUUGACAAACAAUUACUGCUGUAAGAUAAGAACUCUAUUUGGCAACCAAACUGAUCUUUCAAUUGUUAGAGAUGCUAUAUUUCAGAAUUGGGGAGCAGGACUUGAAUCUGAGAAGCCUAAGCUYGAGCAAUCCUAUGGAUUUCGUAUACGGGGGUAUCCUUUCACUAAAGGAUCAACCUCAUUGGAAGCAGCAUGCUCAAGAAAAAUGAUUUGCCAGAUACUACAAUACUUGAACAAUACUGGUCUAGAGCUGAAGAUUGUCWGUGAUUUAACCCGCCUUUCUGACCUGUCUACUUUUUACUUCUGCCGCAGUAUGCAACCACUAAGACCUAUCCAAUAUCCAAUGAUAUGUGUUGGACUCAGCAGUACAGACAAAUUGCAGCUUGUCAACACGCCAGACAACAUGGUAGCUGUAAUUAAAAAUGUUCUCAUGACAACCUGGAGUCGAGGCAUCCAGUCAGAAGGACCUACAGAAAACGCUUUUGAAUUCAAGUUACGCGGAAAUCCUUGGUGGUCACAGGCYGAUGAAGGUGUCCAAGCAAGGCUUCUACUUGUACAAAUCAUUUCAGCAUUUGCACAGCAACACUGGGUAUUUCAUGCUGCAGCCAACAUCAAGAGUACAUCAGACAGUCUCUUCUUUAAGUAUGAUCCUGAGGCUKCUGGUCCACAGAUUAACCAUCAUUUCAUCAUCAGUCUGAACAACACRGACAAACUGAGACUCAUCAAUGCUCCUCAAAAUCUGAUUCCAGUUGUACGUCAAACCAUUAUAGCUGUUUGGACAGUGAUGGGGGGGAUCCAAAAAGAACAAGAUUACUGUGGGAGCUGGGAGUUCAAGUUAUCUGGAAAUCCAUGGUGGUCAUAUGGUAAUGAAGCUGUCAUGGCAAGAUUCUUGAUUUCCAAAGUCCUUGAAGCUAUGAGAGGUCAGGGUUGGGAUGUGAAGACGUCAAUUGAUGUCUCUAGAAGCUCAAAAGAUAAGAGUGUAUUGGUGAUGGCWCCKUCGCAUCACCCCGACACUACUCCUGUGAUGUGCUUGUCAUUCAGUGACACAGACAAAGUAAGGCUGAUUAAUGCACCACAAGAUUUGGUUGGUGUUUGCAGAGAAAUUUUGAUGUCAAGAUGGUACAAGGGUAUUGCUAUGGAGGAGCAAAUGCAAACAUCUUGUCCUUCAUACCAAUUCAAAUUGAACGGAAAUCCAUGGCAUGGUUAUAAUGUUUGUGAAUGUCUUCACAUAAGAAGCACAGUUUGCUAUUUCCUCCAAGCAUUUGCAGCGCGUGRGUGGAAGUGUAUAACUUCAGCUGACGUUUCUGCCAAGUAUCAAAAACAAGGAGAGAAUGGUCCAACAUAUCCUGUUGAUGUGCAUAGUAUGUGGUUUGUCUAUGAACCUCAAGCAGCAGCAGCAAUACAGCCUGCAGCGUCAUUCUUCCCUCCACCACCAAGCUAUGAACAGACAUUCAAACAAUAGACUUGUAAAAGCAAUGUCAAAAACUAAGGAUUGUCRUUAGUUUUCUCUGAUAUUUAUUUAUAUAUAACCAUAUCCAAAUGAAGUUUCAAUUUUUUUUCUUUUCAGUUAAAUGAAUAAAACUGAAAAAAAUCAUCAUGGAAAGUAAAAGACUGAUUUUCAGUUCAUUUUGACAAUAUUUGUCAUAUUAUCUACUAAUUGCACAUAAAUUAGUGCUGCUAGGAGAAAUAUGUACUUGUAAACAAUUCAAUAAAAUGUAAUCCAGUGUGCCAAAUGUAAUAUUCAUUCUUUUAUUUAUCAAAAGCAUUAAAUGAAAUGAUUAAUGUCAA